UUUUAGCUAGACUCAGGCAAAAUGGCGGACGAAGAAGAUGUAAACAUUGGUGGAAAGCCAAUUUCUUCUCUUCGUGUCGUUGAUUUGAAGAAAGAAUGUGAUAAAAGGGGUUUAUCUAAAAGUGGAAGUAAAAGUCAACUUGUUGACCGCCUGAAAACGCAACUCCUUCUAGAAAACCUUGGAAAAGAUAAAAAUGCACCUUCUCAUAAGUUUGAAGAAGAGGAGUGCCAGAAUGAGUUCAUUAAGCAGUACCUUGCCCAGCAAAAACAGCUCAUAGAACAUUUGAACAGUUCAAGUCAGGAGAGCGAUGCUGAUGAGUCCCCAAAGAAAAGUAAAUCAGUGGACCAGUCUCCACCCAUCCGUUCACCACCAGUAGAAAUUUCUCCUGAAAAACCAGCCAAAGAGCCAGCACCUGUCCUUGAGGGGAAACAAGGGCCAGACUCACAAGCAGAGAAUUCUGAAGCAGUAAAGGAAGCAGUCUUAGAAGGGGACAGAGAACCAGUCAAACAGGAAAGCAAGAAACCAACUGCUGAGGGAGAGAAGGAACCAGUUUCUCAGGAAGACAAGGAACAAGAUCCACAGAUAAACAAGAAACCAGCCACUGAGGAAAAAACUGAACUUGCAGGAAGUGAAAAGGACAAGGAUAUUGCUGAAUAUAGGAAAGAUAAGGAACCUGUAGAAAGUAAAUCAGAAGGAGCAAUUGAAGACACAGAUGCAAUGGGGAGAAGUAAGAGGAAAAUAUCUAGACUCGAUUCUGGUUCUAAAAGCCAAGGUGACAUAUCUGUUGUCAAACCAAUGGACAGAAGAAGUAGAAGGUCAAGAAAUUCUGGAUCAGCAGGCGAUGAACGCAGUGUACCAGUAGAAGGUUCAAAAGAAGUUUCUGGUAAAGUUGAAACUGAGUCCACAGCAGUUGCAAGUACAGUUGAAGGUUCUGAAGAUAAAGAAAACAGAGAGAAGAUGGAAGUAGAUAUUGCUGGGAGUGGUAAGCAAGAAAAUGGGGAAACUAGAAAGGAACAGAAAGGUGAAGAGAAAAUAAAAGUUAAUGAAAAAGACGACAGAAAUGUUCGAGGUAGAUCAAGCUCCAGGUCAAGAUCUAGGACACCCUCUCCAUCACAGAAGCGUAAGCAGCCGUUGCAGGUCAGCAGUAGCACGAAACAUCCUGCACGAUCCUCAUCAUCAUCAUCCAGUUCCUCGAGCUCCAGCAGGUCCAGAAGACCAAAAGUAACCAAGAAAGGGAGGUCAUCAUCUAGCUCAAGUUCCAGUUCAAGAAGUAGGUCAAGGACUCCAGAAAAGAAGAAGAAAACCAUUCUUAGGAAGAAGACUGGGAAGGCAGAGAGGUCUGGAUCUAGUUCCAGAAGUAGGUCAAGGUCACCAUCAGCAAAGAGGGUGAAGAAACAGCCUGCAGUCAGUUCCCAGGAAGGUACGCAGAAGCAGAAGUCACCAAAAAAGAACACUGAAGAGGUCAAAAAGAGGUCACCGUCAAGGUCAUCAAGUUCAAGGUCAAGGUCUCGCAGUCCUGUAAAUACUAAAGAAGGAAAGGUUGCCAGAGAAAAGGCAGACAUUAAAGAAACACAGCAGGAACCAAUGGAAACAACACAGUCCUCUGCCAGAGAUUCAGAAGACAAGAUAAAUCCUGAUCCAAGUAAAAAUGGUACACAACAGUCUGAGGUCAAGGUCACAAAGAAGAUUUCACUCAACAGGAAGACAAUUGAGGACGCAGGGAAGACUCCAGAAGAGACGGGAGACACGGAGAAGGGAGAGGGAGGGGACAAACUGAGUGAGGAGAAACCAGCCAAGAAGAGGAAGUGGGGAUCACGCUCAACCUCAACAUCUCAGAAGACGAAGAAAGCAUCCAGUAUUCCUAUAUCAACAGAAAGUCUGAAGAAUCUUAUACCAGACAUCAAACCUUCACUGAAACUGGCCCCUGAACCUGUCCUUGAAGAUGAAAUGGAUUAUGAGGAUGAUACAACUACCACGGAGCAAAUGGUAACUGAUCAGGAAGACACCAGAUCUGUGAAAAUACAGAGGACAGUUACACAGGAUGUGAAGAAAGAACGGGAGUCUGGAGAAAGCGAAUCGGAGGGUGAAGCUGAUAAAGAAGAGACAGAGGGCAAACAGAAGUCAGAGUCUGCUGAUGAUAAUGAAAGUGGCGAUGAUGACAGUGAUGACAAUGAUGAUAAGGAUGAGGAAGAGAAGAAAGAUGUCAAAGUAGAAAUAAAGGAGAAGACAGCAAUGGAGGAGGGGCCUGCAGAGGAAGGGCCGGAAUCUAAACCAAAAGCGGAGGCACCUGUUAAACAAACCAAAACCAUCACUGUUACAACAAAAGUGAAGAAGGAGAAGAGAGAUAAGAACAAGGAGAUUAAAUUGGUCAGGCGAUUGGACUCUGGAGGAUCUGCCUUAGUAAAACCUGAUGAGCCAAUCAAAGCACGAAGAUCACCGUCCCCAGCUCGGAAUCCAGCCAGCAAGAUUAUACACAUCAGGAAUUUAGUGCGACCAUUCACUGUCAAUCAGCUGAAAGAACUUCUCAAAAGGAAUGGGAACCUAAAUGAGGAACUCUUCUGGAUUGAUAAAAUCAAGUCUCAUUGCUUUGCAGUUUAUGAUACAGAAGACGAAGCCAUAGAGACCAGAAAGGCUCUACACAAUACAACAUGGCCGCUGUCUAACCCUAAAACACUCAUUGUAGACUUUGGAUCCGAGGAACAGAUGGAUUAUUACAGAGGAGAUGAGAAACCUAUUCCAGCCCCUGACAAGAAAGAAAAGGCCUCCCUGAGGGAACAGAAACAGAAAGAGAAAGAGGAGAAACAGAGAUUAAUACAGGAGGAGAGGCAGAAGGAAAUAGAAAGACGACAAAAGGAAAGAGAGCAGAGAAUGAAAGAGAGAUUAGAAAGGGAGGAACAUGAUAGACCUAAACCAAUUAGAGAAUGGGACAAAGACAAGAAAUCGAGGGAGGAUUGGGACAGAACUUUACAGAAAUCUAGGUCAAGGUCACCCAGGGAUCGAAGAGGUCAUAGGUCGAGGUCUGGAUCUCCAGCAAGGGAAAGGAGAAGAGAAAGAAGUAGAGAGAGAAGUAGAGAUAGGACAGGUAGAAGGGAGAAAAAGAAAGGUCCAGAGAAGAAGGAAGAUGAGCCUCCAGCUAAGUUAUUGGAUGAUUUGUUCAAGAAAACCAAGACAACACUGUAUAUACUGGCUGCCACUUACAGAAGCACAGAUUGCUGAUCGUGAGAAAUUCAGGAAUGCAAGGCCAAUAUUAAGACAGAAACAGGAGGGAGA